AAGAAGGGGUAAAGAGAAAAACAUCAAACAUCACAUUCACCACCACCACCGAUCAGCAUCAAUGGCAGGUGCACACACACACCAUCAAACCCACGCACAGACUUCUAAUAAGGUACAAAGCAACACUGUAUCUCCUGCUUUUUCUGCACCCUCACGUAGUCACUCACAAGUCACAAACCCUUUCCGUUCUCUCUCUCUCUCUAUUCACCAAACCCAAGCAACCAUCACCAAAGAAAGAGAAGAAGAGAAGAAACAACAGAUCAGCCUCUCCUCAUAAAACAGAGUCCACCCAUGUAAGACCGUCCCCUCUGUCUCUCUCUCUCUCUCUCAUCCCUAAUGGCCCAGCUGGACCAAAAUUUAUGUAGAAGAAAAACAAAAAAGAAGAAAGAAGGAAAGAUGGGGAGAAGAUGGAAGCAAAGAUGUCUUCAAACCUAUUGUAACCAAACCACCUUAAAAGUUACUUUCCUAGAUAUACCCUUCUGCAACCCCCCAAAAUUCUAUCUUCAUCACAGCCCAAAAAAAUUUAUUUCCGAUUUAUGUGGGCUUUUCUUGUUGUUGUCUCGGUCAGAGUUUCAGAGAGAGAAAAGGGGAAUCCUUGCUUGUUCCUCUAUAUCUCUCUCUUCCUUCUUUUACUUUUAUUUUCUCCUGUUAUUAUUAUUCCUCUCUCUUACCCUCUCCUUAAUCCCCAUCUCUUAUCUGUCUGCAUUUAAUUGAUUGAAAUUAUCUUAUUCCCUUCGAGUCGUCGUUUCUUUUCUUCUUCUGGUGGGUUUGCGACUCUUGUUUGCUUUUCUUUCUCUGCGUGAGAUGUCAUGUUGAAGAAGAUGAAAAGGGUUGCGAUGGAUUCUUCUCCUUCUUACAUGGUUGAUGAAGAGGCUCGAGCCAGAUUCAAGCAUCAGAGUCUUAUGCAGGAUUACCAAGAUUUGUUCAAGGACAUGGAGACCUUAAAGAAUCAGCUGCAGAUAUCAAAACAGAAAAGAUCAGCUCUCAGAGCUGAAGUCCGAUUCUUGAGGCAGAGAUAUAAACAUCUAGUAGCAGUCCAAUCGCCAAUCAACCCAACUGAGCCAGACCCUCAUAGACUUAUGAAUCCUGAAAUCCGAGGGGAACCACUUGCAGAGAAAAGGAGUUACAGAGAAAAGGAAGCCUCAUUACCCAACCAUUCGGUUUUUGAUUUGAACCAGGUUUCGAGAGGUGAAGAUGAUGAUGAAUUUCAGGUCUUGGAACAAGUGAGAAUGGAGAAGAAGCUGAAGAACCAUUUGGUGCCCAUGGGUGGAGGAGAUGAACAGACAACUGAUCUAAACUUACCCAUUUUUAGAGAUAUUGGAAAUGGGUCUAGUCGAGGAGGGAAGAGGAAGAUUACAUGGUCAGAUCAGGUUGCUUUGAGGGCAUAGAUGGCCUCCUGUGUUAGCUGAUUAGCCCUCCAAUGGUUAACCAUCAUCAUAACGAGAGUUUUCCAUUUUUUUGUUUUCCUCUUGUAAUUUGUAUAGGGAAAAGAAUGAAAUUUUAUAGGUCUAAUGUUUAUAGAUGGAAUUUGAUGAAACAAGUCUAUUCUAAUCAAUUUCAGAAAUUGUUCAUCUCCUGGCA